UCCUCCAUGGCCCUCCUGGCUCAAAACCUGCCUCUGCUGACAAUCCCUCUGGUCACCACGAUCCUAAGUGUGAAGUACCUGGACAUGGCCCCGGACUCCUUUGAUGACCAGUACCAGGGCUGUGGCCCUGCCAUGGAGGAUGAGUUGCGGGCCCUGAACCGCUCUGAGUUCCAGAAGAAUUCUCUGUUUGCCCAGGUCUGGCCGAGGGCUGUGACCAUGUGGCAGUUUCGGGGGUCCCCAGUGUUCCCUCUGUCAUCCUCAGCCCAGGCCAUCGCCCUCAUGGCCUACACCAUGGAAGGUCUGUACAGGAAGUUCAACGAGGAAGUGAGGACAGCCGGGCGCUCCCGCCAGCAAUACCGGGACAAGUUCCACUUCAAAACUCUGCAUUUCCUGUUGACCAGAGCUGUGCAACGGCUGUGGGACGAUCAGGGGCAGCAAUGUCACUGUGUGUUCCGGGGGGUGGAAAAGUACAAGUUCAGUGCAAAGGUUGGCAAGUUUGUUCGGUUUGGUCAAUUUGCGUCAUCGACGCUUUGCAAAAAUGUCAUCGAAGAUUUUGGGAACACCACCGUGUUCAAGGUGCAGACGUGUUACGGUGCGUACAUCAGAAACUUCUCCAGAUAUCAGGAUGAGGAGGAGGUGCUGAUCCCACCUUACGAGAGGUUCAGUGUCACCAAAGUCACCGACAAUGGGAAGAACGUGCAGAUCGAGCUCGACUCCAUUGGGACCUCCAGCAAAUACAACUGCGAGUGGCUGAGAGGUGGGGACAGCCUGGGGCCAUGGGACACCCAUGCCCACCAUGACCCCCCUGACCUCCCUGUCCCCUUCACCCCCCCAUGUACCCCCCCCACCCUCUCACCUGUCACCUCAUGGUGGAAGCGUCCCCAGCGCCUCCUGCCACCUUGGAGGACUCGUUCUGGCCACCACAGCCCUGGCACUGGCCACCGGCAUCCUCUGAGCCACAAAGCCACCAAGGUCACUGAGGUCACCAAGGUCACUGUGGCAACCGUGGCCACCAUGACCACUAGAGGUCACGGCACCUUGGCCACCGCCCGCCACGGCAAGUGGUGCCUGACCAGGGACCUCUGCUUGGGGGUCCCUGCAGAAGCGACUGCUGCAGCAUCAGCUGCAGGACACAAGUCACUUUUCGGUUGCUGCUUCCCCGAGGAAAGCCCCUCACGUUUUAGCCAGGGCUAUCCAAGGGUUAACCGUGACCCUCCACUCAAUGCCUGGGAGAAGAACCCCAAGGACAUGCCGACGGGUUGA